AUGAGGCAGAAAUGGGAUGCACUUGUUGGAGAUGUAACAAUAAGAGAGAACAGGACUUUGUGUGCUGACUUCACGUUACCGUUCAGUGAGUCUGGGGUGUAUAUGUUGGUGCCAAUGAGAGACAAUGAAGCCAACACAUGGGUGUUCCUCAAACCUUGGAGCGUAGGCCUAUGGGUCACCACCGGUUGCUUCUUCGUCCUCAUUGGUUUUGUUGUGUGGCUGUUCGAACACAAAGUCAACCCCGACUUCCGUGGACAGGUUAACCACCAGAUCGGCACUAGUUUAUGGUUCUCCUUCUCUACCAUGGUUUUUGCUCACCGUAAGCUCUUAUUACAACAAUCAAGAACUCAAUAG